AUGUCCCGCCGCAAGAUCUCGUCAGAGUCCUUCAGCUCGCUGGGCUCGGACUGCCCUGAGACGAGCCCCGAGGAGGAGGGCGAGUGUCCCCUGUCCCGCCUCUGCUGGAACGGCAGCCGCAGCCCCCCCGGCCCCGCUGACAUCCCCUUCGCCGCCGCCGCCGCGGCCAGCGCCGGGGCGCGCCGCGCUCCGCGCCGCCGGCGGGUCAACCUGGACUCGCUGGGCGAGAGCAUCCGCCGCCUGACGGCCCCCGCGCCUCAGACCAUUCGGCAGACUCUUCAAAAGACACUGCAGUAUUUUGAGCAUCAAGUUAUUGGUUACAGAGAUGCAGAGAAGAAUUUUCACAAUAUAUCAAACAGAUGCUCCUAUACAGACUGCUCUGGCAAUGAAGAAACUGAAGAUGUCUCAGGAAUUCUCCAGUGUACGGCUAAUGUGCUUGGUCUGAAGUUUGAGGAAAUGCAAGAGAAGUUUGGGGAGGAAUUCUUCAAUAUCUGCUUUGAUGAGAAUGAAAGAGUUCUUCGAGCUGUAGGUGGGACCCUUCAAGACUUCUUCAAUGGCUUUGAUGCUUUGCUGGAGCAUAUUAGAACUUCAUUUGGAAGACAGGCCACCCUGGAAUCUCCUUCUUUCCUAUGCAAAGAACUCCCUGAAGGCAAUCUCAUGCUUCAUUAUUUUCACCCACAUCAGAUUGUGGGAUUUGCAAUGACAGGAAUGAUAAAAGCAGCAGCAAAGAAGAUUUACCGCUUGGAAGUAGAAGUAGAACAGGUCACAAAUGAUAAGUUGUGUUCAGAGGGGACAAACCCAGGUAACUGCAGUUGUUUGACUUUCCUUAUCAAAGAACAUGAAAAUGCAAAUACCACAAAAACACUUCCACCAGGAACUUCCCACUCCCCCUUAGACCUGAGGAUUAGUAUCAGCACCUUCUGCAGAGCUUUCCCCUUUCACCUGAUGUUUGAUCCAAACAUGCUGGUUCUCCAGCUCGGAGAAGGUCUUAGGAAGCAGCUCAGAUGUGACACUCAUAAAACGCUGCAAUUCCAAGAGUGCUUUGACAUAGUCUCUCCUAAAAUCAGUGCCACAUUUGAACGAGUUCUCCUGAGGUUAUCUACACCCUUUGUCAUUCGGACCAAACUUGAGGAUUCUGAUUCUGAAAGUAAAGAUAAGGUGAUGGAAAUUAAAGGACAAAUGAUUCAUGUGCCAGAAUCAAACUCGAUAUUGUUCCUGGGUUCCCCCUGUGUGGACAAGUUGGAUGAGCUGAUGGGCCGAGGCCUCCAUCUUUCGGACAUACCUAUCCAUGAUGCUACUCGUGAUGUCAUACUGGUUGGGGAGCAAGCAAAGGCACAGGAUGGCUUGAAAAAACGAAUGGAUAAGCUGAAGGCAACGCUAGAAUGUACACACCAAGCCCUGGAAGAGGAGAAAAAGAAGACAGUAGAUCUCCUUAUUUCUAUUUUCCCUGAAGAGGUUGCUCAGCAGUUGUGGCAGGGGCAGCAGGUUCAGGCCAGGAAGUUUGAUGAUGUCACCAUGCUCUUCUCGGACAUUGUUGGUUUCACUGCCAUCUGUGCUCAGUGCACGCCCAUGCAGGUCAUCAGCAUGCUCAACGAGCUCUACACACGCUUCGACCACCAGUGUGGAUUCCUUGACAUCUACAAGGUGGAAACAAUAGGUGAUGCGUACUGCGUUGCAGCAGGGCUCCAUAAGAAAAGCCUUAGUCAUGCCAAAGCCAUUGCCCUGAUGGCAUUGAAGAUGAUGGAGCUUUCAGAAGAGGUUCUUACUCCAGAUGGAAGCCCGAUUAAGAUGAGGAUAGGCAUUCACUCAGGUUCGGUGCUGGCCGGCGUCGUUGGUGUGAGAAUGCCACGCUAUUGUCUCUUUGGGAACAACGUCACCCUUGCGAGCAAGUUCGAGUCAGGAAGUCACCCACGCCGCAUCAAUGUCAGUCCCACCACAUACCAGCUUUUGAAAAAGGAAGAAAAUUUUAUUUUUAUCCCUCGUUCCCGUGAAGAGCUUCCAGAAAAUUUUCCAAAGGAAAUUCCUGGGAUCUGUUACUUCCUGGAGGUCAGAAGUGGUCAGAAGCCGCCAAAACCUUCCAUCACAUCUGCCAGAGUGAGAAAGGUGUCUUACAACAUCGGCACCAUGUUCCUCCGGGAGACCAGCCUAUGAGGUCUGCUGCAGAUCAAAGACUUGUCAAAAAAGCACAAGCCCAGAACUGGGUCA